AUGUUCAAAAAAUUACAGUACACUUGGUUUAAUGCUUUGCUCAAAUACAACAGCAUGAAAAUGAGUUUGGCCACAAUUGAUACAAAGGAGAAAUCUGACGAGAUUACGGACUUAAUAAAAAAUACAUUUUCGAAAAUAAAUCCUCUUUGGAUAGGCGGCGUCGCUAUAGGCACUGAUCAUCAUUAUGUUUGGACUUCAACCGGAGACAAAUUCACUUUCACCAAUUGGGCUCCUGGAGAACCGAGUUAUUUUUCCGAAACCGAACUUUGUCUUCUAACUGGUUGGUCAGAUAAAAUUCUUUGGAAUGAUCAUCAGUGUCACAAAAAUUUUGGUGUACUGUGUGAGUAUAGUGAGCUGUACAAUAGGGAGCAGGAAAUCGAAACAAAAUUACAGGAAGAAGUGGUUAAGGAACAAAAACUUCAAGCCGAAUUGGAUAAGAAACGUUUAUUGCUGCAGUUGUUGCUGGAUUAUCAGAAAUCUAAUGGCAAUAACGACAAGGGAUGUAAUACAAAGCAUGACUUAUAUGUAAAGGUUAAUUAA